AUGGAGUUCCUGUCGCAGAUGUGGUCGCUCCUGGGCCUGCUCACCAUCCUGCAGAACGUCCUCCCCACGCAGCUGCUCUCCGUGCUCCACUCGCUGUGGCAGUCGCUCCAGGACUCGCUCACGCCCUACUCCUACUUCGACGUGCCCGAGUUCCUGGGCUCUGCCGCCGUCGAGCCCAACGCGCUCUACCGCCACGUCCAGCUCUACCUCCACCGCUCCCUCCUCCUCUCCUCACCUCCGCCGCCCCGCCUCACGCUCUCGCUGCCGCGCUCCUCCGCCGUCUCCGGCGGCCACGGCGCUGCGCAGUCCCCGUCCCCGCCAUCCGUGUCGCUCUCCCCGAACCACUCGGUCGCGGACACCUUCAACGGCCACCGCGCCGUGUGGACGCACCACGCCGACACGCUCCAGGACUCGCUCGAGGAGCGCCGGUCCUUCUCGCUGCGCCUCCCGAAGCGGCACGCCGCGGCGGUGCUCCCGGCGUACCUCGCGCACCUGGCCGACGCGGCGGACCACCUGGAGCGCUCGUCGCGGGCGCGGAGGCUGCACACCAACGCGGCGUCCCCGCGUGGCGCCGCGGCUUGGGCGUCGGUGCCCUUCUGCCACCCGGCCACCUUCGACACGCUCGCGCUCGACCCGGGACUCAAGGCGCGCCUCCUCGCCGACCUCACGGCUUUCUCCGAAGGCAGGGAGUUCUACCGCCGGACAGGCAGGCCGUGGAAGCGCGGCUACCUCCUGCACGGCCCGCCCGGGUCCGGAAAGUCUUCGCUCAUCGCGGCCAUGGCGAACCACCUCCGCUACGACGUGUUCGACCUCGAGCUCACACGUGUGGCCACCAACGCCGACCUCCGUGCGCUCCUAAUCCAGACCACCAACCGGUCGCUCAUUGUCAUCGAGGACAUCGACUGCUCCCUCCACCUCACUGGCGACCGAGGCCUAGCCUCCGAGAGGAUGCACAAGAGACGCAAGCUCCACGCCAUUUCCUACAACGACGACUCAUCCGACUCGGACGACGACGCCGACGCUGGUGGCAAUGGUGACGGCAACCACUGGGGCAAGGUGACGCUGUCCGGCCUCCUCAACUUCACCGACGGCCUGUGGUCGUGCUGCGGCGAGGAGCGCAUCAUAGUGUUCACGACGAACCACGUGGACGGCAUCGACCCCGCGCUGCUUCGCCCGGGGAGGAUGGACGUCCACGUCCGCCUCGACGCGUGCGGCACGCACGCCAUGCGAGAGCUGGUGCAGCGCUACGUCGGCGUUGGUGACCACGAGAUGCUCGACGCCGCCGAGGACUCCAUCAGGGGCGGCGCCGAGAUGACGCCGGCCGAGGUCGGAGAGGUGCUGCUUAGGAACAGAGACGAACCGGAGGCGGCGGUGACAGAGCUCGCCGCCGAGCUGAAGGCGAGGAGAAGCGCGGCUGACGAUCUCCGCCAGUGCGAAGACUCCGCGGCCGAGCUCUCCGACGGGUCGCCGACGAAGAAGGGGAGGAAGGGGUUGGGGUGGGAGGGCAAGAACACCGCCUCGAUCUCCAUGGUCGCCAUGCCACGCUGCAUGACGGACGACGAGCUCAUCGCGUCGGGAACGAUCAUGGACGCCACACGGCUCGCGGCAGUCUGCGCCAAGAUCGACGAGUACGCCGACGGGGGAGCACCCAUGAGCGGUAACAGAAUCGCGGCCAUCUGCGCUAUGAUUGACGACGGCGCCGCCGCUCGCAAGCACCGCAGGAAUAGGAGGCGGCGGCGGCUGUGCGUGGACAGCACCCGCAGCUACAAGCAGAUAGGCGAGAUCAGCAAUGGCAGUUUCGGCGCCGUCAUCAAGGCACGCCACCGCAAGACCGGUCACACCGUCGCCAUUAAGAAAUUCCGACGAAGGCGAGACGGGAAGAAAUCCCCCGACGUCCGCAAAGUGCUGCGUGAGGCCUGCUUCCUGGCGGCCUGCGGCGGCCACCCCAACCUCGUCGGGCUCCACGCCGUGGCACGCGACCCGCGCACCAAGGAGUACUCCGUCGUCAUGGAAUACGUCGGGCCGAGCCUGCGCCACGCCCUCAAGGAGCACCUGCGCGUCCACGGCGCCCCGUUCCCGGAGGCCGACGUGCGCCGGGUCAUGAGGCAGCUCCUGACCGGCACCGAGGCGAUGCACUCGCGCCGCAUCAUCCACCGCGACAUCAAGACCGGGAACGUCCUCGUCAAAGAGGAGGACGGCAGCGCCGUGAAGAUCUGCGACUACGGGCUGGCGGUGUCCACGGCGGCCAAGUCCGGGCCGCCGUACCCCAGGGCAGGCACGGUAGCCUACAUGGCGCCGGAGGUGCUCAUGUAUAGAUCCGACUACGACGAGCGCGUGGACCUGUGGUCCAUCGGGUGCGUCAUGGCGGAGCUGCUGUCCGGCGAGGUGCUGUUCAAGGUGGGCGACGACGGCGCGGAACAGAUCGACAAGAUCUUCGACUUGCUCGGCGCGCCGGCCGAGGAAACGUUCGAGACAUUCAUGUCGCCGUUCAUGGCCAGCAAGGUGCUGCGGCGGCGAGCCCGGCAGCCACGACCGCGCCGCGACAGCCGACUGCGCGAGCUUUUCCCCGGUGAUAUGCUGUCGCAGGAUGGGUACGAUGUCUUGAAGGGGCUCCUGACGUGUAACCCCAAGGAGAGGCUCACGGCCGCCACCGCUCUCCAACAACCGUGGUUCACUGGCACCGUUGGUGUCCCUGCUUCGGAGGUAGGCGCCCGCGCCACGGAGUCGUCGACACAGAUGGCAUGGCCUAUCGUGCUGGUGCUGAAAAGUGUCUGGGCAUUUUUGAGGAAGAUGGCAUUGCCAUUAAUCUGGUUGCCCCACCAAUUGUUUCUAAGAUAA